UUCAUAAAUCUAAUAAUUAUUUAAUAAAGCCUGCUUAUUGCAUGGGAUUAAUAGUUCUAAAUGAGAAAUAUUGGGUCGAUUCUUUUAUAUUUGAUACUGUUUCCCUCAUGAUGUGAUGGACCAUGUUGUGCAGGUCAUCUACCGUAUAAAACUUCCGGGACCCCCAAUCUUAGGUGAAGGGAAGCCUGAGAAUCAGAAUCACGCAAUAAUUUUCACACGCGGAGAAGGAUUUCAAGCAAUAGGCAUGAAUCAGUUGAAGGAUAAUUACAUGGAAGAAGCUUUGAAAAUGAGGAAUCUGCUUGAAGAAUUUCUGAUAAAGCAUGGUGGUGUACGUUAUCCGACAAUCCUUGGACUUAGGGAGCAUCUAUUUACUGGAAGGGAGAGAAACCAAUCCUCAGGUACACCCAGAGCUGGAAGGGAAGUAUGAGUAAAUGAUUGCAUGGUCUUUGCAAGGAUUAUGGAAGCUUACAGAAGAGUGGAGAAGCAGUGGUCGAGUCAGCUUGAAGAUUCUCGUAUUCAAUUCUGUUAUGGCUUCCAUCUAGAAGGAUAUAGUUUUUCAUGGCUGAUUCGGUUGUUAUGAUUCUAUCUAGUAUUAAAUUUGGAAUUAAACACUUGGGAGCAUAGAGCAGCUCGAAUAGCUUUUACAUAAUAAAAAACAACACUAUCAUUUCCUCAUAUUUCUACAGUCAUUUACAUUGCUUUACGUUGAUCUCUUCUUUCUAUUCUACUUUCUACUAUUUUCGAAUUCUUCUAAUCUUCAUCCCCUUCGACUGAUUCUCUCAUCUCCUAUUUUCUGAUUCUCGCCUUUAACUUCUACAUUCUACAAAUAAAUAAUCAUUUGAUGAAAAGGUCCACAUCAUAUUCUCAGUUCUCAAUCACUAUUCCUAAAUGAGCAUCCUACUUUUUUUUAAGGUCCUAUAUCAUCUCAGAUUUGGCACUUGUUAUUUUCAGAAAAUCUAAAACAAUCUAAUCCACUAACAUGGCACACAAUGUUGUAACUUGCCACAUAAAAAUUCCAAAACUACCUUUUAAAGGAAGAAGAAAAGGCAAAAAAAAAAACACUAGAAAUGGUUGAAGGACAACAAGAUCAACAGGUUUCAAAAGACUUCUCCCCACCACGAUUAAGUACCGACACCGUCAUAAACCAUCCAACCCCUCUGUUUUCGAGUUUAACUUAGCUAACCAAAUUAUCUUAUCAUACCGGUACCACAAAGUUGAUGUACAUUCCUCCAAAAAG